GCUUCAGACUGUGCUGGGGUCUGUGGGAGCUGCGCGAGCUGCCGAGCUCAGUCCGGCUAGCUGGUUAGUGAGUGAAGCCUGGUGUUUAGUGCGCUCGAGCUUUAGAAGAGACACGCGGACUGUGUAUUUACAGUAUAUUUACAGCUCUCAGGCGCUCGAACAGAAGGAAGCGCGGGAAAACGCGCGCGACACGACAUGCACGAGCCCGAGUCGACACACGGCGCUGAAGUGCGCGCGCAGACACCCGGAGACACCCAGCGCCGCGAGACACCAGCAACGGCGGGAAAACACGGGAUAACGAUGCCCUGAGGGAUCUACCUGCAUUCUGGCACAGACUGAUCUGAAAGGCAGGCAGGAAAUGGGGAUUUUACUCUUCUUGCUCUUCUUUGCACUAUUUGGAGAUGGCACCCAUCCCACAAGUCUGGGCACGCUGGUCAAGGCUCAGGCCACUGAGCGCCGGGUCUUGGCCCACAUCCCUGGCGACAUCAUCAUCGGGGCACUGUUUUCGGUGCACCACCAGCCGCCAGCGGAUAAAGUCCACGAGCGCAAAUGUGGUGCCGUCCGUGAGCAGUACGGCAUCCAGCGUGUGGAGGCCAUGAUGCACACGCUGGACCGCAUCAAUGCCGACACCAACAUCCUGCCCAAUAUCACUCUGGGGUGCGAGAUCCGUGACUCCUGCUGGCACUCGGCUGUUGCUCUAGAGCAGAGCAUUGAAUUCAUACGCGACACACUGGUCUCGGCUGAGGAGGAGGAGAGCAUGUCCAAGUGUGCGGCUGAUGGUGUCGGAAUGCCCAUGAAAGGGAAGAAGCCCAUAGUGGGUCUCAUUGGACCUGGGUCUAGCUCAGUGGCCAUCCAGGUCCAGAACCUUCUCCAGCUCUUCAACAUCCCUCAGAUCGCCUACUCUGCCACCAGCAUGGACCUCAGCGACAAGUCCCUGUAUAAGUACUUCAUGAGGGUGGUGCCUUCGGAUGCUCAGCAGGCCAGAGCCAUGGUGGACAUCGUCAAAAGAUACAACUGGACCUACGUCUCGGCCAUACACACUGAGGGAAACUAUGGCGAGAGCGGAAUGGAAGCCUUCAAAGACAUGGCAGCUAAGGAGGGGAUCUGCAUUGCACAUUCUGAUAAAAUCUACAGUAACGCCGGGGAGCAGAGCUUCGACCGGCUGCUGGAGAAACUGCGCAGCCACCUGCCCAAAGCACGCGUUGUGGCCUGCUUCUGCGAGGGAAUGACCGUGCGAGGCAUCCUAAUGGCCAUGAGACGCCGCCGCCUUGUGGGAGAGUUCCUAUUGGUUGGCAGUGAUGGCUGGGCUGAUCGCUAUGAUGUAACAGAUGGCUAUCAGAGAGAGGCAGAAGGUGGCAUCACCAUCAAACUACAGUCUGCUUACGUCACUUGGUUCGAUGACUACUACCUGAAACUGCAGCCAGACACAAAUCAGCGGAACCCCUGGUUUGUUGAGUUUUGGCAACAUCGCUUCCAGUGUCGGCUCAAAGGACACCCCCAGGAGAACACCAAAUACAACCGCACCUGCACCAAAAAAGAAUCUCUCGGGCAUCACUACGCUCAGGAUACUAAGAUGGGCUUCGUCAUCAACGCCAUCUACAGCAUGGCCUAUGGUCUCCAUGCCAUGCAGAAAACACUGUGUCCAGGCUACAAGGGCCUGUGUGAGGCCAUGAGACCCAUCGAUGGCCGCAAGCUCCUGGAGUUCCUCAUGAGGACCAAUUUCACUGGAGUAUCGGGAGAAGUGGUGCUGUUUGAUGAGAACGGGGACUCCCCUGGGAGGUACGAGAUCAUGAACUUUAAGCAGAUGAGUGAGGAAGACUAUAGCUACAUCCAUGUGGGCAGCUGGGAUAACAGUGGACUGAAGAUGAACGAUGAGGAGAUUUGGGCCAACAACAGUGCGAUCAUUCGCUCCGUCUGCAGUGAACCCUGCGAGAAAGCCCAGAUUAAGGUGAUCCGGAAGGGUGAGGUGAGCUGCUGCUGGACCUGUACUCCUUGUAAAGAUAACGAGUAUGUUUUUGAUGAGUACACCUGCCGAGCCUGUGAGUUAGGAUCCUGGCCAACAGAUGACCUCACAGGGUGUGAGCCCAUCCCAGUGCAGUACCUACUGUGGGGAGACCCUGAGCCCAUCGCCGCUGUGGUCUUUGCUUGCCUCGGCCUCUUGGCUACCAUCUUCGUGAUGCUCAUCUUCGUGAGGUUCCACGAUACGCCUGUAGUGAAGUCCUCCAGCAGGGAACUUUGCUUCAUCAUCUUGGCUGGCAUCUGUUUGGGCUACCUCUGCACCUUCUGCCUCAUCGCAAAGCCCCAUGUGGUUUACUGCUACCUACAGAGACUGGGCAUUGGCCUCUCCCCUGCCAUGAGCUACUCGGCUCUGGUCACCAAGACCAACCGCAUUGCCCGGAUCCUGGCUGGCAGCAAGAAGAAGAUCUGCACCAAGAAGCCUCGUUUCAUGAGUGCCUGUGCCCAACUGGUGAUAGCUUUCAUCCUCAUCUUUCUCCAGCUGGCCAUUAUCGUGGCCCUGUUCAUCAUGGAGCCGCCUCAGGUGAUCUACGACUACCCGUCCAUCCGCGAGGUCCACCUCAUCUGCAACACCACCACACUGGGGGUGGUGGCACCAUUGGGCUACAACGGGCUGCUCAUCCUCAGCUGCACCUUCUACGCCUUCAAAACGCGAAAUGUACCUGCCAACUUCAACGAGGCCAAGUACAUCGCCUUCACCAUGUACACCACCUGCAUCAUCUGGCUGGCCUUCGUACCCAUCUACUUUGGCUCCAACUACAAGAUUAUCACCAUGUGCUUCUCGGUCAGCCUCAGCGCCACCACAGCCCUGUGCUGCAUGUUCGCCCCGAAGGUCUACAUCAUGCUGGCCAAGCCGGAGCGCAACGUGCGGAGCGCGUUCACCACCUCCACCGUGGUGAGGAUGCACGUGGGCGACGGAAAGUCUGCAUCAGCUGCCAGUCGCUCCAGCAGCUUGGCCAACCUAUGGAGACGCCGUGGCUCUGGGACAGACAACGUCAGCUCUAAUGGAAAAACGGUUACCUGGGCACAAAACGAGAGAGGCCACCGGCCGAACCUGUGGAAACGCAUCUCUAUUCACAUCAAGAAAAAGGAGGAGAGCAACCAGACAGCUAUCAUCAAACCCUUCUCCAAGGGAUGCGAUGCCCCUCCAGACACAGGGGUGAAGGCGUCCUACGAGAGGCCUCAGAGCGCCCCACGAUACCCUGUGACCUACCGCCCUCGCACACCCUCCCCUCUGCCCACCGUGUGCCAGCGAGGGUCAGUGCAGCGAUGCUGUGAGGACGAGGAAGCUGCCAGAGAUCGCAAAAGAGAAGAGUCCGUCAGAGAGCGGCAGCCGCCGGUGGUAGCCUUGCCCACGUACCUCACCGAAAGGUCACAACGAAGCGGACCGCAACAGACGUCCAUCAUGGAUCAGAUCACCUGUGUGGUGAACCGCUUCACGGCCAACAUCAGCGAGCUCAACAGCAUGAUGCUGCCGACCAACUCGCCUCCGGGUUCGUCCCUUAACAACUCCGGCCCCAGCUCACCCACCUUCAGGCUGCUCCCCCGAGAAAUCCCACAGAUUUCCACCACAGUGACCACCUACGCAGAAGUGGUGGCUGCAGCCAACGCCACUCCGCACUCUGCAGUGGGCAUCACCGGAGGCAUAAUCACCGGCGGGAGUAGCCGGGGAUCUCCCGCUAGUCUCUCCGAGAGCACCUAUGACUCUUCGUCACAGGUGAGGACCACUGAACUGGAGGAGCUGGCCGCCCUCACGCCCCCAUCCCCAUUUAGGGACUCCUCAAUGGGUUCGGCCAGCGACUCCCCGACCUCGCCAGACUCCGAGCUGGCCCUGUGUCAGCCUUGCUCCCCAAAGUACGACCGACUGAUGCUGCGCAACUACAGCCAGAGCUCCUCCUCGCUGUAAACACCUCACCCCAAGGGUCCUCCUCUUAAAGAAGUGGAAGGAUGAGGGCAUUCUGAACACUAGUCUAGGUUGAGACUAAUUUUGAUUUUGAUUUUGAAUCUGAUUCGCUUUUUGUCUGGUUCCAAAGUAAGUUUGGACUUUGGAAGUUUGGACACUUUGCUGCAGGAUUUGCAAGAACAAGAACUUGGAAUGAAUACAAUGGAAAAUUGUCUAAACUUCAAAUGUAAGUGCUUGUGGUCUCUUAAACACAAUGGCACCCAGAAAAAGGAAAGUAUGGUCUUGUAAUGGAACAUUUCCUUAUUGAUGAGCGUAAGUAACUAAGAGGAAAUACAGUGCUCCACAAAGUUUACAUACAUGACUGAAAAUAUUCCUGAAGACAAAUGUGUAUGUGUAUAAUCUGACUGAAUAAGGGAAAACUAUGGUGUGAAACAACACCUGGAGGUGUUUCUUUGGACCUCAGUGAACUGUGGAUUCAGACGAUAUCCUGUGCUCGACCUUCAGCCAGUGACACAUUCCAACGAUGUCAAUCAACUGAGAUUUUUAAGACAAAAAUCCACACGUUAAAACAGAGGCAUUUGUCGUUUGUACGCAAGGCUGUCCGCUGGCUAUGAAAGUUGCACAAUCAUCUACAUACAAUCAUCAACGGCAAACAUCGAAUGUAGAUUUUUAGGUAGUAUGGGACCAAAUCUUCUCUUAGAAGGAAUGUUUGAUAGCAGUGUUUGUCUUUUGCGACUUUUUUUUUCUUUUUCAUUUUACACGUGACGGUGUUUCAUGAUAAAUAUAAAUACAAUUAAAUUUCCAAUUUCUUAAAAAAAAAAUCAUCUAGUGAGCCAAAUUGUUAUUGAAAUGAUCUGAAAGAUCUAAAUCUAAAUUGCCUUUUUUGCUAUUUACACAAUUAUUAACCCUUAAGAGCCCAGACCCAUUUCUGAAUAUUGAUAUCAAGUUCAAACUCAAAUAAGAUAAAUGUACUGAGCAGCUCAUUUAUGUUUAUUUUUUAUUGUGGGCACAUGAGUGUAAAUAUUUUAAGGUUAAAAUCAUGAUGUAACAUAAAAAACACAAAGAUACAAAAUUUGUAUCUGUAUUUUACUGUUUUGUACUAUAAAUCAGGACAGAGCUAGUUAUAUAGAACAUAAAACAUUAAUUAAAGCUUUUGAAUCAUUACAAGAUUUGGAACAGAGCUGUAAAAGCAAAUAAUACACUUCUAAAAGAAGCUAGUUUUAUCUCCAGCACUAACUCAGCACACCUAUAUUUUGAAUUGUGAUUACUGUGGAAAAGUAUUUGCCCUCCAGAUUUUUUUAAGCUGUUGUGUUUUUGCCACACAUCAUGGUUUCACAUAUUCAAACACAUUUUAAUUGAAGACAACCUAAACAAAAACAACAUACAUUUUUCUAAUUAACAUUUCAUGUAUUGAAGGGAGGCCAACUGGUCCUGUGUGAAAACCUACAGUCAUUAGCCUAAUAGUUUUUUAAUUAAGUAAAUAACCAAAUUUGGUAAUUUGGUAGUGGAUAAUUGGGUAAAUUUAGUUAGACACUCGCAUUACAGAAAUUCUGAAAAAUUGGGCUACAGUUACUUCACAGUUUUGUAAUAAGACUAAUCUCCAUUCAUACCAACCAUUUGUUUCGAGAUAUUGCAUAUUAAUAUAGCUAUUAAGGUAAUACAAUGUAAUAAAUGCCUUUUUAAAUGGGUGAUAAUGGUGCUGAAAAAAAAAAUGUUCCUUCUGGUUUUGCAUUUCCUCGUGUUUCUCUGGCCUUAUAUUACAUUUGUAAUAUGUUUAAGGAUAUGAAACUGUUUUGCGUGCCAAAUAUGAGGAAAUACAGAAAACUAGGAGAAUUAAGUAUUUCAGUCCUGUAGUCAUCCUGAAAGUUAGGUGCAGUCAUAUUUAAAAUGAAAGAUUCCAGUGCAUUUUAGAGAUUAUAUGUGUAAAUCAAUACCACUUUAAAAUAAGACUACCUUUAGUUUAUUAAUGGGUACUUAUUAGGUUGUAAAUCAGUUAUAACACAUACAUAGAAAGGGCAACAGUAUAGAUGGCUGUGGGUGCACUAUUUGGCAAACAACAGGUCAUUGUUGCCAUUUUUACGCAUGUGUUAUAACUGAUUAUUAAUGAUUUUUAAGGCAUAAUUAGUAACUAUUAAUAAACUAAUUGUAAUUAACCAUUUAUAAACCCUUUAUAAAGGUAGUCUUAUUUUAAAGUGGUACCCUGUAAAUCAUAUGUGAUCAUUGCUUGUUUACAGUUGAUAUAAAGAUAAAUUUGUGCCAACUGCAUUAAAGAGAGAAGUGAAGAUGUUUUCUAUAGGUUCAGUUUAUUAAGGAUGUCCCAGUAGAUUGGUUAUGUGAUGUGCAGUAUAUACAGAAAGCAAUACUUAUGAAUGUAAGGCGUAGUGAACUAAUGCAGACAUACAGACGCUCAUGCAGUCAUCUCAUGUGCUCAUUCUUCUCAUCUUAUUCUCUUUAGGUAUCAUUUUAAAACCAACUGGUGUGCAAUGUUCUUUCCAAGUGUGGAUCAGUCAGAUUACCUCUUGUAUCAACACAGAAUAUUGUUUUAUUAAUAUAUAUAUCGUCGCUGUCCAAUGAAAAACACUUAUCUCCAAAACAGCAACUUUACAGGAGAGGGAAAAAACCUUGUAAACUUUCAUUGGAAGUCAAUGUAAAAACAGUUUAUUUCAGGUAAUUUUGAAGAGUUUCUAUUGGUCCGUUCAUCAAGAAAUUUUGACACAGUGUAAAAGACAGUUUGUCUGUUCAAAUUAUGUACUAAACUGAAAAUCGACAAAAAUUGAGAUAGGUGUUUUUCAUAGGACAGCGACGAUAUAUAUAUAUAUAUAUAUAUAUAUAUAUAUAU